AUAGAGUGUGCCUGGCCUCAGCAAUGAAAGCAAUGUAUCCCGACCUUCAGCGUGUGGCACUAAAUGACGGUCAAUUCAUGCCAGCACUGGGCUUUGGAACCUAUGCAUCGGAUGAGAUUCCUAAGAGUAAGGCAUUGGAAGCAACCAAAAUUGCUUUAGACGCUGGCUUCCGCCAUAUUGAUUCUGCUUACAUGUACAAAAAUGAAGAGGAGGUAGGUCAGGCCAUCCGUAGCAAGAUUGCAGAUGGUACUGUGAAGAGAGAAGACAUAUUCUAUACUUCCAAGCUUGCAUCUAUGUUUCAUCGACCAGAACUGGUUCGACCAAGCCUGGAAGAAUCACUGAAAAAACUUCAACUGGAUUAUGUUGACCUCUACAUUAUACAUUUCCCAGCAGCUCUGAAGCCUGGAGGAGAUAGUUUUCCAAUAGAUGAACAUGGAAAAUUAAUAUUUGACAUGGUGAAUCUGUGUGACACAUGGGAGGCCAUGGAAAAGUGCAAAGAUGCUGGAUUGGCUAAGUCCAUUGGGGUUUCCAAUUUUAACCGCAGGCAAUUGGAGAUGAUUCUUAAUAAACCAGGCCUCAAGUACAAGCCUGUUUGCAACCAGGUAGAAUGUCAUCCUUAUCUCAAUCAGAGCAAACUGCUGGAUUUCUGCAAGUCCAAGGACAUUGUUGUGGUUGCUUAUAGUGCCUUGGUAAAUGAAAAAUCCAUGCUCUGCUUUUCUACCUUUUCUUCCAGGGUGGACCAAAGCUCCCCAGUUCUUUUGGAUGACCCAGUGAUUUCUUCCUUGGCAGAAAAACACAAGCGAACUCCAGCCCAGAUUGCCCUUCGCUACCAGCUGCAGCGUGGGGUGGUGGUCCUGGCCAAGAGCUUCAAUGAGAAGCGGAUCAAAGAAAAUAUUCAGGUUUUUGACUUUCAGUUGUCUUCAGAGGACAUGAAAGCUCUAGAUGGCCUGAACAGAAAUCUUCGCUAUACCACUGCUGAUAUUUUUGCUGGACACCCAAAUUAUCCAUUUUCUGAUGAAUAUUAACAUGAAGGUUCUUCUACUGACUUCUAUCACAAGCUCCUGCCUGUGGGUGGUGAUUCAGGAGAGCUCUUGGAGGUCUGGGCACCUCGCUUCUGGAUGAGCUGUGCUGCUAACCUAGAGCUGCUAGAGCACAAGGCCUUGGCAAUACCUUUUUGCUGUUUACUGAAAAUAAAACAGUGCUGUACAAUAAAACCUCAAUACCA